AUGGAUAACCUAGUCACUUAUUUGCUCAGAUAUUCCAUGGAGAGGGUUCAAUUGAUUCAGGGUAGGUUGUUGACAGCUCAGAGUCUCCAGAAGAGCUAUGUUGACAAGCAGGUUCAACCUUUGGUGUUCAUGGUUGGUGACCGGGUAUGGUUGAGGAUCUCACCCUUAAAGGGAGUCAUGAGGUUCGGAAAGAAGGGAAACCUCAGCCCUAAGUAUAUUGGUCCUUUUGAGAUCCUAGAUCGACUGGGAGAGGUGGCCUACAGACUUGCCUUGCCACCUCGUCUAUCUGUUGUACAUCCAUUAUUUCAAGUUUCUAUACUGUGGUGCUAUAUCCCAGAUGAGUCUCAUUUGAUUUCCCUUAAUUCAGUGGAGAUAAGCCUAGAUUUGACCUAUGAGGAGGAACUGGAGGCUAUUCUGGACAGACAAGUUAGGAAGUUGAAAAGUAAGGAGAUAGCUUCAUUGAAGGUUUAG